GGGUCUCCGCGGCUUUGGAAGGUUUGGGCGCGAGUUGCUCUGAGCGCGGCACCUGGAAGGAUUCAAGAGGCGUCUUUGACAUUUUGAAACACUGUUAUAGUUGUUCUGUUUACAUCAAGAUGUCUAGCAAAGCAAAUCCUUCUAAGAAAAGGUCUCAACAUUUAAAAAGAAAUCCAAAAAGAAAAAUUGAUAAUGAAGAAGCGGAGUUAUCAGAGAAAGAGGUUAGAAACACAGCGAAAAAAAAUAGAAGUCAUCCAAAACAUCUGUCUUCUGAAGGACAAGCAAAGCAUACUAAUCUAAAACAGGUAAAGAUCGCAACCCACAAGAGAAAAACCUGGCAACCUCUUUCGAAGAGUAGCAGAGAACAUUUGCAAACUAUGAUGGAAUCAGUAAUAAUAGAAAUUUUGAGUAGCAGUGUUAGAGAAAAUGAAAAAAUUCAAUAUCAUCUGAACUUCCUAAAGAAAAGAUUGCUGCAACUGUGUGAAACCCUGAAAGUCCCUCCCAAAAAGCAGCAAGAUUUAACUCAUGUGUCAAGUCUACUGAAAAUGGAAAGGGCACAGCACAGAGCUAAUGAAGAGGGUCUGGCAUUAUUGCAGGAAGAAACAGAUAAAAUAGUGGAGACCAUAGAGUCAAUGACUGGGGAUAUUCACAGCUUAAAGAACAAAGUUCAUGUUCUGAGCAGUGAGGUAGAAGAAGAGGAAAGGAAGGUAAAACAGAUGUUUCAAAUAGAUAGUGAGGUACUCUCUCUUCCCGAACUUUCUCAGAAGAGUCUCAAAGCACCCAUACUUCAGAAAGAAAUUUUGAUGCUAAUUCCAAACCAGAACGCUCUUCUGAAAGACUUAGAUGUUCUCCAUAAUUCACCCCAGAUGAAGAACAUGUUAACUUUCAUUGAAGAAGUCUAUAAAAGACUGGAUGCCUCUUAAAGAGUUUAUUGUUUUGUUUUGUUUGUAGAUUGUUCCAUAUGAGUUUAAUGUUUAUGAAUUUGUAGAAAUGUUAUUCUACGUGAUAUUGCUGGGGCUGAGGCUUCUUCAGGAUUCUCCUAAUAUGCGCUUUAAAAUUAACCUCUAUAAAUCUACCAUUAACCUCUAUACAUCUAACGUAGGCCUUGAAAACUGUUUUUAUCAAUUCCCACAUGUAGGAACUCACAUUUAUGUUGCUGUAUUUCCAGUUAUUUGCCUAAAACCGUAAAAUGAGAACAGCCACAAUCUGAUGGUUUAUAAUGGCUGAAUAGAGUUCAUUUAUUGGUUAGUGCAGAGGAAAUAUGAUACUGUGACUUAACAUACGUAAAGUGUUUAUAGUGCCUAGCACAUAAAAAUGUAAGUGUUUGGUAUCAGUAUUGUUUUUUUGGCUGAUGACUUGCAUUUUCUGUCCGGUCAUGUCGAACUCUAGAAGUCCCCAAAUGCCUUUGCUCUUUUACAUAACUCCCUAGACUUUUUGUGGCAUAAUUAAGAUUUGCCAGGUGUCUUUAACUUUAGAGGUAGCAUGAACAUUUUAUUUCUUUGGUUAGGUUAGUGAAUAGAUGUUGAAUAUUUAUUUUCUACUCUCAUCAGAGCAUACCUUUAUUUCAUAAAAUUGUUAAAAACAAACCCAAGUUCAUUUAUUCCCUUAAAGUAAACACCAAACCAAAAAAAAAAUCCCUUUCUAAAUCUUUUCUCAUUGCGAUAAUAAGCAUAUACACGUGAAGAAAUUAUCACUUAAAUAUAUUAAAAAUCAUUUUUAA